AAUGGCACGGGGUGAUCAAUACGGUUUGAAUUGGUCUGUAAUAAGGUAGGGCACUGAUACGGCGUUGACAGGUGUGCCAUGGGUGAGGAGGGCUUUAACGCGGAAAUGGUAUAGACGCCGCACAUGCCGGGUUGACCAAGCCUCCGGAUCCAUGCUAGAAUGGACUGUUCAGACAUCCCAAGAGUCACCAGAAUGUUGCUGCUCAUUGUUAGGAGUCUCCCACACGAUCCUGGAGUCUCCAGCUCGAAGUUGGCUUCCCGCGAAUAAAUUGGAGUCUGCAGUUCAAUUUCUAGUUGAUUCAGCUCAUGAUCAAGAGUCACAGCUCAUGGAAAGAAUACAGAGUUUGGACUACAGCCGCACUUAAAAAAAAAAGCCGACAGUUUCACAGUUCAAGUGUUCGCGUCUCCAAGUCUCGGCUUGGCAACGACACCGAUGAUUGGAGGGGCUAAGCCGGUUUGUCACCUCCUCAGUCGUGGUUUGGAGAAAUCCAGCAUUGGUCGUGGCCGGUGUCGCUCAAGCUGUGACCUUUUUUUCGCGCUUAUCAUUUGGGAUUCGCGGCCCAAUAAUAAUAAUGACCAAACACGUGGACAGACGCCCCCUAUGACAGCAGGCCGUUUUGCACUGCCGAUGGUGGUGUGAUGCCCCACAGCUGUGCGUUUGCACUGAGCGUACACUGCAUACCGCGAGCGUGCCACCAAGCCUAGUGGAGUAAACCGGACAGACUCGAGGUUGCAUUCAUUGAUGGCGGUCUUCGGGCGACGCCGUUCUGCUCGGUACGUGGCGCUGCUGUGCUCGGCGGGCGCCCUGUUUGUGUUCUACCUCCUCGCGUCAGGCCACGGGGGGAAAACGGAUGCCGGGGAGGGCAGAGCGCGCGAGGAACGAGGAGUGGUUUUGCCCGUGGAGGUUCAGAAUCAAAUCCAAAAGCAGGAUGAGGUCGCGAACCCGGAGGCGGACUAUGAGUUGCUGAAGAGACCAGUGUACGAGAAGCCACCACUGGACUCGAAUGCCCUGGGGGAGAUGGGGAAAGCCGUCCGCCUGAACUUGGAGGGCGAGGAGAAGCGCAAGGAGGAGGAGAGCAUCAACAAGCAUCAGAUUAACAUCUACGUGAGCGACCGCAUCUCGCUGCACCGCCAGCUGCCCGAGAAGUGGAACCCGCUGUGCAGAGAAAAGAAGUACAACUACCGGCAGCUGCCCACGACCUCGGUGGUGAUCGCCUUUUACAAUGAGGCGUGGUCAACACUGCUGCGAACCGUGCACAGCGUUCUGGAGACCUCCCCAGACGCGCUGCUCAAUGAGAUCAUCUUGGUGGAUGACUACAGCGAUCGCGAGCAUCUGCGCGAUCGCUUGGAGCAGUACAUCGCCACGCUGCGCAAGGUGCGGCUCGUGCGAGCGCGCAAGCGGGAGGGGCUGGUGCGGGCGCGCCUGCUGGGCGCCGGCGUGGCCACGGGCGACGUGCUCACCUUCCUCGACUGCCACUGCGAAUGCCACGUUGGCUGGCUGGAGCCCCUGCUGGAGAGGAUAGCCGAGGAGGAGUCGGCUGUGGUGUGCCCGGUGAUCGACGUCAUCGAGUGGAACACAUUCGAGUACAUGGGAAAUGCGGGCGAGCCGCAGAUUGGUGGCUUCGACUGGCGCCUCGUGUUCACGUGGCACACGGUGCCGGGACACGAGCAGAAACGGCGCAAAUCGCCCAUCGAUGUCAUACGCUCCCCGACGAUGGCGGGCGGGCUGUUUGCUGUGAGCAAGAAAUAUUUUGAUUACCUGGGAACAUACGAUACUGGAAUGGAAGUCUGGGGUGGAGAGAACUUGGAGUUUUCAUUCCGGAUCUGGCAGUGCGGUGGCACCCUGGAGGUCCACCCCUGCUCGCAUGUGGGACACGUAUUCCCCAAGCAGGCGCCCUACUCGCGCAGCAAAGCGCUGGCCAACAGUGUACGUGCCGCUGAGGUCUGGAUGGAUGGCUACAAGGAGUUGUACUACCACAGAAACCCACAUGCCAGAAUGGAGCCAUUUGGCGAUGUGACAGAACGGAGGAACCUGCGGGAGCGGCUGCAGUGCAAAACUUUCAAGUGGUUCCUGGAGAACGUCUACCCUGACAUUCACGUGCCAGAGGACCGGCCAGGGAAAUUUGGCAUGCUGAAAAACCGGGGUCUGAGCAACUAUUGCUUUGACUACAACCCUCCAGAUGAGAAUCAGGUGACGGGACAAAGGAUCAUCUUAUACGGAUGCCAUGGCAUGGGCCAAAACCAGUUUUUCGAAUACACGUCUGAGCAAGAGAUCCGGUACAAUACACGGCAGCCUGAAGCAUGUGCAGCCGUUGACAAUGGAAUGGACUACCUUACCAUGUAUUAUUGUCACUCCAAGAACAGUCCUGUUACAGAAAACCAGAAGUUUGACUUCAGGGAGGAUGGCUCCAUCUUUCACAUAUUGACCCAGAAGUGCCUGGAGGCAGUGGAACAGCCCAACUCUGGACCCUUGCCGCUGUUGCGGACCUGUGACGGCAACACCCGCCAGCGCUGGCUCUUCAAGGAGAGGGCCUAGAGCGUUGUGAUGCACUCUCAAUGAUGUCCUCAUUAGUGCUGUUUUAAUUCUAUGCAAGGCUCCCGGCACUUAAGCUGUCUAAAACACAGUCGUUAACUGUAAUAUUAUCCGGACCAAAGAACGUAGCGGUAGUGGCACAUAAGCUGUGACUGUGGUAAUACUUUUGAUGAUUUUUGGGAACUGGUUUGUGGAAGUAUUUGAUGGGCUGAGACAAUCAUACUUGUAUAUACCCGUAUUGUUAAUGUCACGCCAAAAAUGUGGAUCCAAGGCAUAUGGUUCUAAAAGACGUUUUACAUUCAUAACCAAAUUGAUAGUCCUACCCUAAAAAAUCCUGGCAGUAAUUGGAUGUCCGGUUUAAUCAGCCACUGCCUACCUAGCAUAAUAAAACCAUAUUACCUCUUUGCAUGGCAGCAUAUUGCUGCAGAAACCAAGUUGCGGGAUUAGGAUGGAACCAUAAAGUUCUAGCAAGAUGUCCAAAAUGUGUUUCUACAGUGUAAAGGGCUUUGGUGGGGUUGUGAAAGUCAGGAGUGGAGAUGCUCUGUCAGUGUAAGAAGUGGUUGUAAUUUGGAACGAGCACAUUAUUUUGCAAUUUAUUGUCAGCAGGGUGGCAAAAGAAAAGACAAAAAAUAACUAUUUACACUUCGAUUUAAAGUUUUCGUGACUUCAGGGAUUCAUAUUCUUGGUUCUUUCGGUAAAGUCCACGUAUAAGGGAACCAAUAAAAUAAAAAAAUAUAAAACAAUAAAAUUAUCACGACGUU